AUUCGGUGCAACCAAGUUUCUUCAAACGCAAAUCCGAAAAGUGCCUAAUUUUAACAUAACUACUGAUCCAACCAUUUCUGGCCGUAUCCAUUUAGACGUCAUUGUGCACAACUGACCUUCACCUUCGGACUAUCCUGAGAUCAUCAUCCUAAAGCAAAUAUUGUGAAUAUGAUGGCAGCCGAAUCAAAUUCCGACACUGGGACAAGCUUGUGGGAACAAUUCUGCAACUUUAUGCGUAAAGAUACAAAAGGAGUAGAGCUCGUGAGCUAUACGGUAUCUGGACUUUUGCUUAUUGUGGCCUACAGGAAAAUACGUCCCUUUACUAUUUUCGGCAAAUCAUCAGAUAUACCAGAUCACUUCAUCCGUGAACAAAUAAAACAAUUCGGACGAGUGAGUAAAAUUGAACCAUCACAACUGUAUGGACCGCUGCUGGUUGUGCAACACCAUCCACCCGCGAAGAUAUUUUUCUGGUCAAGCAAAACUAUCCCGAUCAAGAUAGAUGGUAUCGCUAUAAACGCAAACGGAUACUCCUGGCUGCAGUCGGUUGUGGAUGGCAAAAAAGUCAGUUUCAUCCCAAUGAAGCAAUCAUUCAGCGAAAAGCACGCCGAAUGCCGCGUCUAUCUGACAGAAUCAAAAAAGCACAUCGACAUUGGCGAAGCACUGCUAAGUUUGGGGUUUGCCAAACUCUCCGUUACUGUGCCGAAGCCAACGCGAAAUCGAAAAGAUGUGCAUGCUGUUGCCCUGUACCAGUACUAUCGCACACUGGCCAAGGCAGAACGCUAUGCCAAAGACCGCCGGAAUGGACUAUGGCAAUCUGCUUUACCACCUCGUUUGUGGCCUCUAGCGUUUGGAACUAUGUUCUGGGACCGUAUCGCUAAUGCCAACCGGUUACCGGCGCUGAUUCGAUAGCAGGCUACAGUUCGUGACUAAAGUAUGAGUGACUAAAAGUUACAAUUGGUGGACGAAAUCGUAGCGUUCAACGAAACACUGCUUAUUACACACCUCCUGUGCGUGCCUUCAAGAAAAUGAAACAAUAAAUGAAAUAAUACGCCUAGUUGCAAACAUGCAUUUCUA